AUGGAUCAAUUCAUUGAGAAAAUGGAGAUCAAGCAGGCUCAGGCCGAGGCCAAGAUCUGUAGCCAGCCAACAGUAGACUCGCAAAGUCCUACACCAGUUGGCUCCCAGUCUGGACAUGAAUAUGCCCUCGUUUCACCCGGCACCCCGGUGGGACGACCACCGAUUCCGAAACCCGAAGAGAUUCACACAAUUCCCGAAGUGCGCAAGUUCGCCAAUCCAGCUCCCUUGGGUCUUUGUGCAUUUGCACUCACCUCGUUCAUGUCGAAUAUCAUGAAUGUACACCUCGAUUUGACUACUGCCGCCGAGAAUGUGGGGUCUGCUUUGAUCUAUGGUGGAACUGUCCAGUUACUUGCUGGCAUGUGGGAAAUGGCUCUUGGAAACACCUUUAGCGCCACCUCCUUCUGCUCAUACGGCGCCUACUGGAUUACCUUCGGAGUCAUCUCAGACUUGGAAGGGACUAAAAUCAUCGCUGCAUCCGAAACAGUCUGCCAGAAAGAGAUCUUGAUGGGUCUUUUCCUAUUGGCAUGGUUCAUCUUCACCACAAUGAUGCUCCUCUGUACGCUGAAGUCCAGCUUGGCGAUGUUCCUUCUCUUCUUCUUCCUUGACAUGAACUAUCUCCUGCUUGGCAUUGCGAACAUGCAAUGUGACCAAGGCCAUGCUGCUGUUACUAUUCAGAGGGUUGGAGGAUACUUUGGCUUGUUGGCGGCGUUUGCAGCGUGGUAUAACGCAUUUGCUGGUAUUUUCGACAAGAGCAAUGGCUUUUUCAAUGUUCCACUGGGUCACUUUCCCUGGUCACCUGCUGUGAGGGCACAUCAUGGGAAGUUCAAAGGGGUUUAA